AUGACAGACCCAACCACUUCCAAGGCCCGCCCGUUCAUCCAAGCAGAAGCCUUCUCACCCCGCUCGCACCCCCUACUAGGCAACCCAUGCGCCGUAGUCCUCUCGUCUCCGCAUCAACAACCCCUCUCCCCCACGCAACGCCAGCUCUUCUCAGCCUGGACGAACCUUUCGGAAACCACUUUCCUCCUCCCACCUACCGACUCAUCCCUCGCAGACUACAAAGUUCACAUCCACACGACGAAGCGAGAAUUGCCCUUUGCCGGGCACCCGACACUCUGCAGUGCCAGGAGCUGGCUAUACGCCCAGGCCAAGGCGAAGAAGGCGCGCGAGGAAAAGGACAUCAAGCUUGCCUCGGGGGAUCAAAGAGUCAUAACGCAGGAGUGCAACAUUGGUCUGGUGAAGAUCCGCAUCGAGGGCAAACAAGGCCAACAAGACCCCGCAGGUCGCCUGUCCCUGGCUGCUCCCGGGUUCAUCAAGUUUGGCCCCGCCGAGCAGGGGGACGUGGAGGCGAUCUGUGCCGCGCUGGGCGUGAGGAGGGAGGAUGUGCUGAAGGCGCAAUGGACGGACAACGGGCCAGGGUGGUGCACCCUGUUGCUCAAGUCGGCUCAAGCUGUUCUUGAGGCCAAAUUCAGCCAUAAAGCUCCUUACAAUGUGGGGCUGGUCGGACCGUACAAGGCCGGGAUGCCGCUGCUCCGAGAGGCGGGAUUGCUCCCCUCCGACGAGGUGGGAGAGGAGGAAGCAGAUGUAGAGGAUAUGGGGCUAGACCCGGCCCACUUUGAGGUGCGAGCAUUUCAUGACGAACUGGUGGAUGAGGACCCCGUAACGGGCUCUUUGAAUGCCGGGAUCGCACGAUGGUUGAUCGAGGGUGGACUGGCGCCGAAGAAGUACGUGGCGUCACAGGGGAGGAUGGUGGGGAGACGCGGCAGGGUUUAUGUUGAGGCUGAGCGGGGGGAGGGAGGGGAGGAGACGAUUUGGGUUGGGGGGGAGGCGGGUGUUGUUAUUGAGGGGGAGGUGAAUAUCUGA